GGGAAUGAUUUAAUGCGCUGUUGGCAAUAGAUAGCAAAACAGAAUUUUCAAUCAUAAUCUGACUUAUUACCAAUGUAAACUCAAGAUUUUGUUUGUCUCUUGUAAAAUAAGAUAAACAGCCAUUUUACUAAUAUAAUGACGUUGGUGAAGAAAAAAAUAACACCUUGCCGGAAGUUGUUGUUGUCAUGGCGUUGACAUAAAGGCCUACCCACCGCCCACCCACCCGAGACGCACCGGGGGGUCGCAGGCAUGGACCUAUUAAAGAAGGCCGUCUGCAGGACGCGUCACAACAUGCUCUUCCCAGGAGGAGGAGGACCCUCCUCUCUUGUUGGUCGAAUUCGCUGCCGAUCAUCCUGCUUCUCCUGUAGCCCCGCCUCGUCAUUCCGCUGCCUAUCUGUCCGAGGCUGGGAUCUCUACGAAAAUACCCCUAACCCCCCCCUCUGAGAACAGAACAGCCAUACUACUGCGAAACGGGACGGAACUGAGAGGCCAUGAAGCCCGCGACAUGAUCCAGCGCGCAGCGGGGAUUGGGACGUCGGAGCGUGGCGCUGCGAGUCGUGAACUCCCGUCAGGAAGGAGAGGACUUCACGACACCAGUGCGUAGUGGUGCCGAGAGACGGGCGGUAACGUGGAGCCCUGAUCCGACCGAUGGAGCUGACGGGACCGCUGCGGGACCACAUCAAGAGGCCGACACAGGGUCCCCUGUGAGGUCCACAUCUCCCCGGAGGAGGAAUCCCCCGACGCCCAAGCGGUGAAGGGCUGCACGACUUGUCGCGUCCGCCUCGGAAGACGUCCUCCGCUUUACAGACGUUGUGUUUUCUCGGUUCCCAAAGUUGGGCUCUCUCUCAGUGAGCAGGCAGGUCCCGCCGUUGGACAGGGACUAAGGGUCGGUAGGACCACCUGGACCGUGGAGGUCCUCUCCAUGGAGGCCUGGAUGUCGCCACACUUCAACCCUCCAAAGAUUACUCCGAUUCACAAAGUUGCGUAAUUAUUGCAUCGCAGCAUUCCGCGGUUUUUUAGGUACUCUUAGACUUUGUUUUGUUGUUGUGUUGUGGCCCAAAGUGUCUACUCCACGUCCAUCAUGUCAUCUAAAGACGGCACAUGUCGGAAGUUUCAAGCCAACAUCUUCAACAAAAGCAAAUGCCAGAACUGCUUUAAACCCCGAGAAUCGCAUUUGUUGAACGACGAGGAUCUGAACCAGGCAAAGCCCACCUAUGGGGGAUGGCUGCUCCUUGCUCCGGAGGGAACCAACUUCGACAACCCUCUCCACCGGUCCCGGAAAUGGCAGCGGCGCUUCUUCGUCUUGUACGAGCACGGCCUUCUCCGAUACGCCCUGGACGAGAUGCCCAGCACCCUGCCCCAGGGAACCAUCAACAUGAACCAGUGUUCAGAUGUGGUGGACGGGGAGGGCCGUACCGGACAGAAGAACUCCCUGGCCAUCCUAACCCCAGAGAGGGACCACUUCGUCCGCGCCGAGUGUAAAGAGAUCAUCAACGGGUGGCAGGAGGCAUUGACUAUCUACCCCCGAACCAACAAACACAACCUGAAGAAGAAGCGCAAGGUGGAGCCCCCCACUCCCCAGGACACCAUAACUCCAAACGGUCACUUUUCCACUGAAGAGUUGAACGGGCACGCUGAGCCUGGCCCGGCCAAGGUGGCGGUCACCAGCGUGGGCAACAGCGGGGGUCUCUGCUGGGGACCGGGGGGCGGCGGCAGCAGCAUUGCGGGCGCCGAGCGGGUCCCGGCCACCCGGGCCAGCCUGUGGCAGGACGAGGCCCCCGCCCGCUGGUCCCGGGCCCCGGCCUCUAUCCCCUACAGCCGCAGCUCGUCCUGCAUCAGCCAGCUGGACCAGCCCCAGGACCGCAGCGGCGCCCCCGCCACCCAGGACGACGGCGCGGUGGUGGCGGGCGGCGGCCGUAAGCCUCGCGUGGAGAGCGGCUACUUCUCCCUGGAGAAGACCAAGUACGAGCCCUUCGACUCCCUGCAGCACCCCCCCCAGCACCUGCCCCUCUCCGCCGCCCCCGUCCCCCCGGGGUCCUCCAACCACAGGCGCUCGCAGGUGAUUGGUCGCAUUAAGGAAGGUCCGCCCCUGGAGUGCAUGGACACGCAGGUCUCCACGGAGACGGCCUCUGACCCGGUGUCUGCUCCGAGACAGGGCAGGGCUGAGCGACGCUACCUGGCAAACCGACCAGAGAUGUCCUUGGAUGCUGGCAGGGUCACCAGCCCAGAUGUUUCCGCCGCCUCCAGCCUGAGAAGAGCCAAGUCUCUGGACCGCAGAGCAGCCGACGCAUCCGCCACACCUGAUCUGCUGAACUUCAAGAAGGGAUGGAUGACCAAGCUGUACGAUGACGGAAUGUGGAAGAAGCACUGGUUUGUGUUGACCGACCAGAGCCUGAGGUACUACAAGGACUCCAUCGCAGAAGAGGCGUGUGAUCUGGACGGGGAGGUGGACCUGUCUUCCUGUUACGAUGUCACCGAGUUCCCCGUACAGAGGAACUAUGGCUUCCAGAUCCUUAGUAAGGAGGGAGCGUGCACACUGUCGGCCAUGACGUCGGGCAUCAGGAGGAACUGGAUCCAGGCCAUCCUGAAGAACGUGCGGCCGGCCACGGCCCCAGACGUCACCCGAAAGCAUCUAGCUCUGAAGCUGUCAGUUCUCAAGUCAAGGUCGUUACCUGAAGAGCAGGCCAAGACCCAGCUGGCUCAGUGUCUCCAGUCCCCAGCGGACCCUCUUGCUGGCCCUGAGGGCUCCGGGGCCGAGGUCCCCGCGCAGCCGGCAGGGGCCCCCGUCCCCUCCCCCGAGCCCCGCAAGAGCCGCGUCCGGGAGCGUCGGCGGGAGGGCCGAUCCAAGACCUACGACUGGUCAGAGUUCCGGACGGGGCAGACGACCGACCCCUUGGACCUCAGCUCCGUCCUGCCUUCCUCCUCCACCUCCUCGUCCUACGCCUCCUCCACGGCCUCCUCCCCCGGCUCCAGCACCUCCUCCCCCCAGACCUCCUCCUCCGUCUCCGCCCCGCCUCCGCGGAUCUCCGCGGCCACCAGCCUGGACGGGGUGGCGGAGGAGCGAGCGCGCCGGUCGGACCAGGGGCGCGUCGCCGGCGGUCCCGCGCCUAACACGGUCACCGUUACCAUGACGACUACGCUGAACGCCGCGCCCGCGCCCCAGCCGCGGCCGUCUCCGCCCCCAGACCAGGGAGCGAUGGAGGUGGACGGGCAGGUCAAGGCGGGCCCAGAGGGCGACUCGCGGCGGCGGGGCGGGGUUGAGCGGGAGGAGGAGCGGGAGGAGGAUCACCAGGGGGUGAUCGAGGAGCACUGGCAUCAGGUGGAGACCACGCCCCUCAGGGAGGAGAAGCAGGUGCCCAUCGCCACGGCGACCACCAUCGGUGCCGAGCGACGCCCGCCGCGAGAACUGGCCACCCUGCUCAACAAGGAGCUGGGGGAGAAGCAGCAGGAACUGGACCGUCUGCAGGAGCAGAACCUCCAUCUGAAGGAGCAGCUGGACGAGGCGCGAGGCCGCGAGCACAGCGCCAGGGAGGGCUACGUCCUGCAGAGUUCCUCCACCCCCUGCUCCUCGCCACACCGAUUGCAACGGAAAAGUCCGCACAAGCUCGGCAUGCACACGCACGGUGACCCGGAGCCCCCGCUGGAAGUCGUUCCACAGCAGCUCCCCACAUUGAGGAGGAGCCUCACCGAGAACCAGGGCUCUGUAGGACGCCAAGAAGUCCAGAUCCAGGCCCUGCAGGCCAAAUUAGCCUCGGCAAUGGCAGAGAUCCUGGCCAGCGAGCAGGCCGUGGUCCGCAUGCGCAAUGAGCUGAAGUUGGAGCAGGAGCGCUCAAGGGACCACGAGGAGGAAUUUGGCCGCAGUGAAGACACCCUGCGAGCUCAGCUCCGGGAAAACGAGGACAGGCUCCGCGAGGUCGAGGCCAGCCUCUUGGAGAGGAACCAGGUCCUCAGGCACCUGGAGAGGCAGCAGGCCCUUCAGAGAGACCACCAGAGGGAGGUCCAGAGGCUCCAGGAGAGGCUGAAGGAGGUGAGCGGCAGGUUGAGUGCUACAGAGGAGGCCCAGGCCCUGAAGGAGGAGCGCCUAAGGCAGGACCAACAGGGCAUACAAGAGGCCUACGAGAGGGAGAAGCAGCACCUAACCGGGCUGUUAUUGGAGGCCGAAAUUUCCCAGAAGGAGAUGGAGAGUAAACUGUGGGAGGCAGAGUUGCAGGUUGAGACCCUGCUAAGAGGAAGGCGCUCCUCCUGUGGAAAGGAGGAGAGGGAGGAGGUGCUGAAGCUAAAGGAGGAGCUGAGCCAGAAGACCAGCCUAGUGGACACCUUGAGGGAGAGCGUCCGUAGGCUGGAGGAGGAGAAGGGUCAUCUUACCUGCCGCUGUCAGGAACUCCUCAACCAGAUAGCAGAAGCAGACCGCGAGGUGAACAAGCUGCGCAGCCGCUUGGACACUGAGGAGGCCGACUAUCACAGCCUGGAGCAAUCCUACAAACGAGCUUCACAGGAGUUCCAGAGCAUGAGCCAGUUCCUCCGGGAGAAAGAGGAGGAGAUCCGCCAGACGAAGGCCAUGUACGACAGGCUGGUGGCGUGCAAGGAUGAAGACCUCAAAGAAGCCCUCGUGAAGAUGGCUGUCCUUGGAAACAGCUUGGAAGAGACGGAACAGAAACUUUUGGCCAAGGACGAGCUGAUGUCUCAGAUAAGUGACACCCUAAGGGUGCAGGGAGAGCCCUGCGGGGCAGAGAGGGACCUGCAGGCCAAGCUGGUGAUAGCAGAGGACCGCAUUGCAGAGCUAGAGCAGCAUCUCAAAACCCUACAGCUUGGCUAUGCAGACUUACACAUUGAACGCCACAGAUUAGAGCAAGAGCACGAAGAGGAUCUGGCAGAGUCGGCUAACAACACCAAUAACUUCACGGUUGGAAAGCAGCCUCUUGGAAAGAGACAGAGAAUUCGCUUCUCCAACAUUCAAUGCCAAAAGUACAUGAGCCUGGACAGCUCCCAGGUGGACAGCAGUGAAGGUAUUAUCCAGGGUAUGGGCGAAGAAACGACCAGCUCAUCACCCACACCUCCUCAGUAUAGCAGUGACCCAGAGAAGUUCAUCUCCGUCAUACAUGCCCUAGAAACUAAACUUGUGUCCACUGAGGAGAAGUUGAGAAACCUCACACAGAAGCUUGACGGCCAUAUCCUGGUCCAAUCGGAAGACUUGCAUGCAUCCGAGCAACCAGCUAACCAGGUGUCCUCUGUUGGAGGAGGAGUGUCCUCUGUUGGAGGAGGAUGUGUUAUUGCUGCAGCUACAGACCAGUAUGCCAAGGCCCUGGUGUGUAUUGAGACCAGCCAAGAGAAGGUACGCAGCCUCCUCUUGGGCUCCCAUGAGCCCACCGAGUGCCAGCUAUUGUUGUUAUCAGAGGUCGAGAAGGAGCUGCUCAAUGCAACACUGUACAUCAGGCAAGGCGAGAAAACCCUGGAAGGCCACAUGCCAAAGUAUCCAAAUUACCCAUUAGAUACUGUUGAUGGCAAGGCGCUUGGGGAGGAAAUGUCCCUCUUUGCAAAGACGUUGUCCUAUGAGGCUCUUGUUUUGAACAAGAUGGCUUUGUUGAUACAGAAUUCAAACUCCGACCUUCUGCAGGGUUUCGAUGAAAUGCAUAAAGAAUUGGAGAUGGUCAAGUCUGCUGAUGGAGAUUGCUUGGCAGUAGUGUACGCUGAUGUUCUGUCCAGGAAGUUAGUAUUGGAGAGUGCUUUCUGGAAAGAUCUGGAGAAGGUGAAGACACAGUGUAAAAUACAGCAAACAAAAGAUUCAGACCUUGCUCAAAAACCAGAAGGGGAUGUUGGCUCAGCUGAUGUUGACGUUGACACCACAGAAAUCAUUACCACCGUUGUCAAAGCAGAACUCACAUAUUCCAUUCAAAAUCUUAAACUCCUCUAUGAGGACAAAUUCAGAUCAAUUCAACAGGAACUUAUAUCAGCCCAUAAUAACCUACAGAAACGAGACAUGGCUCUACAAGAGAUCUUUGAAGCUCUACCAAGCCCUGACCUGAAACACAUCGUUGAAGAUAUCAGGAAAAGUCUUUUCGGUCAAAAGAAGCGGUUAGCUGACAUCAGUCCUCCAGAGCUCGCUCCCUACAUGGAGCAGAUUGAAAUGGAGGAAGCAAAGGACAUGGCCGAGGAAUUUCUCAACAGACACUUGCCUCAAAAUCUUUCGUCUUCUACUGUCAACUCACUGGCGUCCCUGCCCCACGCACAAUCCGCCCUUGCUGCUGAGCUCCUGAAACAGGCAGCACUUCUUCAUAGAUGUUCAGAGGAAAUCGGGAAAAGUGGCAGCUUUGAAGGACUAGCCAGCUUGAUCCGGACCCUUCCAGGUCACCAAGCCUCUCGCGGCCUGGUCAGCGGAUCGCUCUGCAUGCGGGAGGCGUUGAUUCAGGCCCAGGUGGCCUACGUUGCUUGCAGACUCCGAGCCGUCCACCAACAGGACCUGAACCGGUGUCGUCAGACAGGUCGGGACAUGGACACUCUAGUCCAGGACCACGCCCGCAGCGUCAGUGCCAUUCACCAGAGUUACGAGUCGUCUCUGAGCGAGGAACGUCUGGGCUUCGGCCAAAUGGUGAGCUCGCUCCAAGAGGAGAACCAGGAGCUGAGGAAGGAGCUCAGCGAGAGGCUGAACCAACUCUCUCAGCAGCAGAGACAGCUCCUGGACCUGGGGCAAAACUUUGAGAGGGAGCAGGAGGAGAUGAGUCAGAGGCACAAGCAGGAGCUGAGCCAGGCGGAGCAGAGCCGUGCCACCACAGAGCUGGCCCUGAUGGAGGCAGCCACCGACAGCCAGCAUAAAGUAGAGGUUCUGCUGGGGGACAUGGAGACCCUGGCGGAGAGGCAGGAGAAACAUGUAAGGAACCUCGAGGAACAGUUCCAAGAGAAGCUUCGGGAGCUUCAGCACGUUCAGGAGGAGGAGAUACGGAAGUUGCAAUCCCAUUAUAUGGAAACCAUCCGAUGCAUCCAAGAGAAGCAACCGAAGAAGAAGAACCCUGACAGCCCGCCACUAGGCGAUGAGGCCUGUGCUAUGAGCUCGCCGAUGGAGGAAGAGGAGCAGGGGUAUGCAGGAGAUGUUGGGAGCAGGGCGGAGGUGGACCCCAUGGUGGUUCUGAAGGACAGGAUCCUGGAGCUGGAGACACAGAUUAACUGCAUGAGGGAGGAGCUGGACAGCAAACACCUGGCGGGAGACGUUAGCAGCUUGAAGGAGAAAUACCAGAGAGACUUAGAGAGUCUUAAGGCUACGUGUGAGAGAGGGUUUGCAGCCAUGGAGGAGACCCACCAGAAGGUGGUAGAGGACCUCCAGAGGCAGCACCAGAGGGAGGUGUCCAAGCUCCUGGAGGAAAGGGAGAGGCUGCUGGCAGAGGAGACGGCUGCCACCAUCUUUGCUAUUGAAGCCAUGAAGAACGCCCACAAGGAGGACCUGGAGAAGACCCAGCGGCCGGCUCUGAGUGGCCUCAACUCAGACAUCGACCAGCUGCACUCUCAAUACGAGGCAGAGCUGCAGUCCGUCCACAGGGAGCUGGAGGUGCUGUCGGAGCAGUACAGCCAGAAGUGUCUGGAGAACGCCCACCUGGCCCAGGCUCUGGAGGCCGAGAGGAACGCCCUGCGCCAGUGUCAGCGGGAGAACCAGGAGCUCAACUCACACAACCAGGAGCUGAACAACCGGCUGACAGAUGAGAUCAUGAAGAUCCGCUCCUGCUUCAGCGGACAGACCGACCUUUCACCUCUGACCCACGGGAAGGACCUGUACGAGCUGGAGGUUCUCCUAAGGAUCAAGGAGUCUGAGAUCCAGUACCUGAAGCAGGAGAUCCACUCCCUCAAGGAUGAGCUGCAGUCCGCUCUCAGAGAUAAGAAGUAUUCCAGUGAUAAGUACAAAGACAUCUACACAGAGCUGAGCAUCGUCAAGGCCAAGGCAGACUGUGACAUCGGCAAACUGAAGGAGAAGCUCCUGGUUGCCACGGAAGCGCUGGGCGAGAGGAAGGUGGACGGGACGGUUGCCCCUGGAUACGACAUCAUGAAGUCAAAGAGCACUCCAGACUUCCUGAAGAAGGAACGAAUGCCGCUCACUAAACAGCUGAGGGGCGUGCGCUCCAAGUCUAUCACUGAACAGGUCUCUUGGGAUAGCUGACCCCCCUCCCCCGCCCUGCUAAGAGAUGCUAGCCUCAAAGAAGGACUGACCGUCCAGGAGAGGAUGAAGCUGUUCGAGGCAAAAGACUCCAAGAAGAUCUGAAUACUCACAGCUUGAAGGCUGCUGUUUGGCCUCCCAACCAGCAAGGGGAGACAAAACACACAGGAAGUAGUUGGUCUCUUCCUGACUCUCCCGUUUUUGUUUUAUUUGCUGAAAAGGACCUAAAGCCUUCGAUUUCGAUUUAAAUCUCUACAUAAACCUGUGUUGUUUUUUUUUCUUUUUCUUGGAUGUAAUCUAUAUUCUGAAAUGUUCUCCCAUUAUAGUCUCCCCUCUGGCAUGCCACGGGGCAUUUUAUUAUUAGUACACAGAUGUGACAAAAGCCAAAACGUAUAGCAAUAUACACUAUGAAUAAUAUAUAUAUUUUCUCUGUAGGAACAUAACCAGUACCUGCUGUAAUACCUUGUGUUGGGUUCCAGUGGUUUGUAGUUCUGAAGUGUUUUUAAUGUGCCGGUUGUGUUGUACGCAACGAGGAGCAGCUGGGCUGGCUGUGGAUUCAGGAGUUGUCUGCUGUAGUUUAUUCUGAGUUUCACUGUGGCGCCAUCUAGUGGCUCCCUGGGGAGGUGCGUGUUGGGCUGGGCUUUAACAUUAUUUGAUUGGCUGUGUUUGGAUAGGCUGUUUGUGGUUGGCCGUCUAUGGUUAAUUGAAUGUGGUAUCUGUAUGAAUGCACCGUUUCUAAUUGGUUUUCUGAAGUUGGCCUUGCUACAGCAAAUUGGAAGACUGCACUUACCUCUGGCCUGCUGAGGAAGCUGUUUGUUUUUAGAAUUUUUGACUGUUUCGUGACUUCAUGCUAACUUCUACAGUGCAACCAAACCUUUUGAUCAGCAAAUCAUGCUGACUUACGUUUGCUCCUCCCCACUUAUCGUCGGCCAGGGAUGAGUUUAGUAGUUUGUAGUUUGUUUUUUGUAGUUUGGUUUGCUUUGAGGAACCUCCAGAGAGUGUUUAACCAUGACAUUUAGCACUGCAUAGGGCGCUAGCAUGCUGGCUACAUCUACAGAUAUCUCCCUAUAUCACGAGCAGCUUUACCUUAAACCAGGCCUUUUCAAGGCUGAUCUUAAACUGGGAUGUUAAUAAGCUUAGCUUGGCCGGUCCUACCAGCUUCAUGUCCAGAUCAAACUGGUUUUCCUUCUUUGCCGUCCUUCAGCCAUGGGCUUGGACUCAAUGUUCUUCAUUUUAAAAUACAUUUCAAUAUUGUUUGUGCCUCAACUGAGCGACAUGUUCUUGAAACCUGUGCAGCUAUUUAACUGACAUUAAAUAAUUAAGUAAUAAUUAAUUCCCACUGUAUAGUAUUCAAAUCAAGCUUUGUAUAUAAGAUGUAUGCAACACACAAAAAACUUUUUUCCGUUUUUGUUUAAAACUUGUACUUUGCUUAGCCUACAAGCUCUAUACAGAAUAUAUGAAAUUGAUAUAAAUAUUUUUUAUUUUUGUUUGAAUGUAACGCAAAUAAAGUCUUUUGAAAUAUUA